CCCGCUUAGAAAAUUAUCCAAAAGAUGCAAAAAAGGGUCUGGUCGUGGGGCUCGGUCUCAAAUAGGUUAAGAUGACAAGAACGGUAGAACCCCGACGCCCCGUCUAAUAAGCAGUCUUCUUCUUCGCCGAGCGAUAAUGGUAGGUGGUGGAGUCUGUUGCCUCGGUGUAUGCGGACUAACAUGGCUCCCUUUCUCGCUGGAAAGCCCUUUCCUUUGCGCUCCUCGAUGCUCCUUCCGUCGGCACUGGCGGCAGCAACGACUCUUCGCGAGAUCUUUUGUGGCGUCGGCGACAAAGACAGAGCCGGAGAAAGAGAAGGUGAUUGUGAUUUCGGGGCCCACAGGCGCGGGCAAGAGCCGGCUCGCCCUCGAGCUCGCCAAGCGGCUUAAUGGCGAAAUCAUCAGUGCCGACUCUGUCCAGGUAUAUCGAGGUCUUGAUGUUGGAUCUGCGAAGCCUUCAUCAAGUGACAGAAAGGAAGUGGCACAUCAUUUGAUUGACAUAUUGCACCCUUCUGAAGAGUAUUCUGUUGGGCAAUUUUUUGAAGAUGCGAGGCAAGCUACGAGAGAUAUUCUUAACAGGGGCCGUGUUCCAAUUGUAACUGGUGGAACUGGAUUGUACUUGCGAUGGUUCAUGUAUGGAAAGCCAGAUGUCCCAAAAGUUUCACUAGAGAUUGCCUCCAAAGCAUAUUCAGAGCUUGUGGAUUUACAGAGAAAUGGGGACUGGAAUACUGCUGUGGAUUUAGUGGUCAGAGCUGGUGACCUAAAGGCCAAAUAUUUGGCUUCCAAUGAUUGGUAUCGUUUACGGCGCAGUCUUGAGAUUAUAAAGGCUAGUGGAUCACCCCCUUCAGCUUUUCAAGUACCAUAUGAUUCUUUCAAAGAACAAUCGGAUUCAAGUGCAACAGAUCUUUCUCAUGGUGUCAACUCUAUUGCUGAUGGAUUUGAGGAUAUUAAAUCAAAGGAUUUGGACUAUGAAUUCAUUUGUUUUUUCCUUUCAAGCCAGAGACUUGAUCUCUAUAGAUCGAUUGAUGCCCGAUGUGAAGAUAUGGUUUUAGGGAAAGAUGGGAUUCUUUCUGAGGCCAGAUGGCUUCUUGAUAUCGGUCUUCUUCCGAAUUCAAAUUCUGCAACUCGAGCAAUUGGUUACAGACAAGCUAUGGAUUACCUAUCGUGGUGUAGAAAGCAAGUGAGUAUGAGUUCUGCAAGAGACUUCUGUGCAUUUUUGGCUGAAUUUCAGAAAGCAUCUAGAAAUUUUGCAAAGCGGCAAAUGACAUGGUUCCGCAAUGAAUUAAUUUAUCAUUGGCUUGAUGCUUCAAGACCCCUGGAAAAAGUGCUCAAUUUCAUUCAUGAUGCAUACUGUGACCAGGCGGGAACCUUGGUUGUGCCCGAGUCACUUAGAAUGAGCAAAGAUAUAUCUAACCAUAGAGAAAUUUCUGAGCUCAAGGCCUAUCGCACUAAAAAUAGGCAUUUCAGGCGGCAUGAAGAUUGUUCUGAUGUCUUGGAUUGGAUAAGGAGGACUCAAGGGUGAACUGGGGGAUUUAUUUUCUUGUUCAUUUUUUGCAAGAUGAGCAGUUCAAGUUGAGACCGACUGAUUCAGAGAUGCAUCGAGGCUGAAACUCUCUGGCUGGUCGUUGUAUUAGUCACAUCAGUUUCUAUGCAUCAGCGCUCAAAUUAUGGGAUCAGUGUUCAUCCAUGCUUUAAGAAUUCCUAGUAUUGUUUUAUAAGCAGAGAUAUAUUCCAAGUUCAGUCAGCUAGCCCACAAUGACCUCUGUUCCUAUCCUCAAUUUUGAAAUUCAGGCGCAAGUGGAGAUGGAUUCCCAGAGAUUGUUGUAAAAGAGAAAAGGUCCUGUUUGAAUGAGGGAUUUCUGGGUCGGAUUUUAUUAAUAUUUAGGCCCAUUUGAAAUAUGGAAAAUAUUAGUGGAAGAAAAUUUUGAAUGAAACUUGUCCUUUCAUAUUUGGUUAUCAAGAAAAAUGAAAAAAUUAUGUAACAAAAUAACAAAUAAAAAUUUGUUUUUACAUUUCAUU